CAAAACAAAAAAGAAGAAGGCGAAAACGUUUAGAAAUUUCAGUAAUUGACAAAAAAUUAUUGAUUUAAUUGCACAAAAUGGGUUCGUCGUCUGGUAAAAAGCACAAAAAGGAUAAGAAACACAGUCAUCGGUCGCGAUCACGCGAACGUACACAUCGCGGACCGGAAGAUGAGGAUGUCACUUUGGAUCUGACGGACGAUUCGUCGUCAACGCGACACAGACACCACAAGCACAAGAAACACAAGGAACACCGUCACAAGCAUCACAGGCAUAAGGAGCGCGAGCGUCCCAGCGAGGUCAUCUCCCUCGAGGAAUCGGACUCCGACAGUUCCGAUUGCGUGGAGGUGCCAGUUGAACAGGAUCCCAAAGCAAAGGGACGAGAGAGAGAGCCAGCGGCACGGGAUCGAGAACUGUUGGUCAGAGAGCGCGAGCCAGUUGCUCGUGAGCGAGAGCCACCUGCUCGUGAGAAAGAACGCGAUCAUGAAGUGUCAACACCACCACCACCGCAAAUCUCCAAGCAUGUGGAUUACGAACGUGAGCGACGGCGAGAGCGUGAAGUUGAAAGAGAACGCGAGGCACGCAAACGUGUUGCUAGAGAGCGCGAGCGUGUGCGAGGACGUUCCCGAUCUCAAUCUCCACCAGCACAGCAUCAACAACAUCAACAUUAUCAACGUUCCCAUUCGCCAAAGGCAGACAACAGCACCAAUCGCCAAAAGCGUAGCAACAGAGAACGAGAACAGGGACGUGAACCAGGACGAGAGCAUGGCCGGGAGCAAGGACGAGAGCAAGGUCGGGAGCAAGGGCGGGAACGUGAUCGCGUCCGCUCACGUAGUCACUCGCCGAUACCGGAGAAUGGUGCUGGCGAUGUGCUCUCCAUCACGGAGACUAACAAAUUGCGUGCCAAGCUUGGCCUGAAACCACUCGAAGUGGAUGCGGGACCCAGCAAAGCGACGCCAACAGCCAGUAGCAGCCACCAGGAGAGUAAGAGGUCUGGUGCCGAAAAGGAUCUCUCAUCCUACAAGGAUGAAUGGGGCGAGUUCUUACACAAGCCCGCAGAUAACAUCAAGGAGAAAAAGGAGGCAGAAAAGCUACGUGAAAAGCUUAAGCAGCGCAAGGAGAAGCGUUUCCUUGAAGAGCGUUUGGCACGCAUUCGCACAUUAGGCGAAUCAGACGAAGAGACGGAUAAUGUGAACAAAUGGGUUGAUCGCAACAAGCGUGUUGUAAAUGAGCGUGAGGAAGCGAUGCGCAAAGCCAAAGAACUAGAGGAAUUGGAUGAGGCGUUUGGUGUUGCGGAUUUAGUAGAGCAAGAAAAGCAAAAAGCGCGACAAUUGGCUUAUGGCGAUCGGAACCUAAAGGGUCUUCGCGUUGAGCACGACAUGGAUGACUUUGGUGAGGGCCGCACGGUCAUUUUAACGCUCAAGGAUCAGGAAGUGCUCAACGAAGAGGAUGGCGACACUUUGGUCAAUGUCAAUAUGCUCGACGACGAACGCUACAAAAAGAACUUGGCCAACAAAAAGCUCAAUCCCCUUAGCUAUGGCUACAAUGUCUAUGAGGAACAAUACGAUGAGCUUGGAAAUCCCAUUGAGCGUUCCAUUCUCGAGAAAUAUGAUGAAGAUCUUGAUGGAAAGCCCAAUACACGAAAAAACUUUGUAAUUGGUGAGAACGUAGAGGAAGAGCGCGAACACAGACGCAAGCUACUGGAAAUUAAAACCAAAUUAGUUGGUAAGCGAUUGGAAACCCUGCAGGAUACCCAUAUAAAAUUAGCAUCAGACACGUUCAGUGCAGAGGAGCUGGCAACGUUCAGGAAGCCAAAGAAAAAGAUUAAAAAGAAACUGCGUCCGAAGCUAAAAGCCGAGGAUUUAGAGCCAAUUGAUGAGCCUUCAAGUUCCUCAAAUUUGGGCAGUCGUCAUGGACGUUACCGUGAAGCUGACGAUGAAGAUGUUCCAAUGAAAGAUGAGCCACAAUUUAAGCUGGAAAAUGAUGACGAAGAUUUGGAGCGUGUAUUAAACAAGGCACGCAAACUAAAGCAAAAGGAGAACAUCAUCAAAAAAUCUUUGCCCUUUGAUGUGUCGUGCAUUAAGCGCGAUAUUAAGCCCGAGCCGGUGGACGAGGCCAACAGUGCUGAAGGCGUUGUUCUUAGCAGCGCCGAUGGGAACAUUGUGCUCAAUGCCACUGCAGAGUUUUGUCGCACGUUGGGCGAUAUUCCGACGUAUGGCAUGGCGGGAAAUCGUAAUGAGGACUCCAAUGAUAUGAUGGACUUUGAUAACAACGAAGCAUUGGAUGACCAUAUGGAUGCCAAUCAGGAGGAGCCAACACUUAGUCAUGGCACAUGGAAUUCGGUUAAUCCUGAUGAAGUGAUGCAACCCGCUGAUUUAGAUAAUCUGGGCGAUGAUGUUGAGGAGCGUGCCAUAUUGGAUGAGGAGCCAGAUGUGGGCGCAGGUGUGGCAAAUGCCUUACGCCUGGCCCUAUCCAAGGGUUAUCUGGAGAAGGAGGAGAAGAAUCGGCCGAGCAACACGAAAAUGGCGCAUCUGCAGGCCAAGAACUAUUCCAUUGAAGAUAAGGCAGCUGGUGAGGACGAUAAAAUUGGACGUCGCGAUCGUUUUCAUGCUGGUCCUAUUAUGGACUUUAAGGACAAAGAGACAUUUAAGCCAAAUGUUAAACUGGAUUACAUUGAUGACAAUGGACGCAUUUUGAACCUCAAAGAGGCUUUCCGCUAUCUGUCGCAUAAGUUCCACGGCAAAGGACCUGGCAAAAAUAAGAUUGAGAAGCGUCUCAAGAAAAUGGAACAAGAUGGUUUGAUGAAAACCAUGAGCUCCACGGAUACGCCGCUCUGCACGCUUACCAUGUUGCAGCAAAAGCAAAAGGAAACCAAAACGCCAUAUGUGGUGUUAAGUGGCAGCAACAAAAACACCGCUGGUGUCAGCGGCGCCUCAAUAUCAAAGUUUAAGUAAAGAAUAUGAAUUGAAUGUGUUUUCCAAUUUUCCAAUACCCAGCCACAACGAAAUGCAAUAGUUACUUCCAAAAUCACACACAACUAAAUGCUUAGUGUCAAUUUAGUCGAUAUACACAUAAGUUUAGAGUUCUGAACAACACACAAACUAAGUUCAUAUUUAUUGGAAUACAAUAUAAAAUCAACAAACUCUUUUGUAACUUCAGUUUACAGCUUAAAUGUAACAGCUAAUUACACUUUCUUUUUGUCUAAAAUUGAUUUUAUUUGAGAUUUUUUAAGUUAUUUGAAUUUUUUGGGAUUUUUAAUAUUUGUAAACCUUGUAAAACCUUUUAAAACAAUGCAGAAUUUAGGACAAAAGCAAUUAAAAAUCUUGAAUAAUUUCAUUUGGCAA